ACUGGGAAGUUCUGUCGCCUGCACCUCGUCUGCGUUCAUGUCGCGUACUUCCAUCUGGAUGACCGCGAGGAUGACGGCCUCUGCACGAUGAAGAGGUGCUGUGUUUGAAAGACAACGUGUGGUGUUUGUGCGACACUUUGUGGUGUUGCCAACUGGUGAAGUGGUGUGAGUGUGUGACCAUACGGAAAGACAGCGAUGGGUGAGAAGAUACCGACGUUGCCGACCAGUGGGUCAUGGUAUCGGUUAGCGCGGCUUCUUGUGGGAUACAUGAUCUUCACCGUUGCUGCAGGUGGCAACUGCCCACAACCAGCUGUUCCUCUCUAUGCCAAAGUCACCUUCUCGUCAGAAGACAGAUCACCAGGUAGUAUGGCUACGUACACCUGUGAUGAAGGAUACGAACUCUUUGGGGUUCCAACAAGAACGUGUUCUCAAAACGGAAGAUGGAGCGGCGAACUACCUUAUUGCGCGGUGAACGUGGCUUACGGAAAGCCUGCCAACCAGUCAAGUACGGUACGAGGGGGUGAAGCGAAAAAUGCGAACGACGGAGACCUCACGACUCUUCACGAGAACCGCUUCUGUACAGAAACGAAAGUGGAGAACGCACCCUGGUGGCAAGUCGACCUGCUGCAACCGUACGAAGUUCGAGUGGUCAGGAUACUCACCAGAGGUUGCUGUGGACAUCAACCGUUGCACGACUUAGAAAUAAGGGUGAGCAACAACUCGGCAUUGCAAGGGAGUCGUCUAUGUGCAUGGUAUCCAGGCACUAUUGACGACGGCGUGAGCAAAGAUUUCCAGUGUGCCUACCCUAUUGUCGGCCGCUACGUCUACAUUCACAUGGUAGGCGGGGAAGGCUCCCUUUCACUAUGUGAAGUCAUGGUAUUCACUACGCAAGAAUUCUCGCCCGAACGAUGUGGCAACCAGGUGGAGCCUCUGGAGCUGACAACGUUUAUCCGCAAGUGCUACGAGUUUCAAGGUUCUCGCGGAGCGUCUUUUCAAGUGGCCACCGACUACUGCCAAGCGCGAGGCGGGUUCCUGGUCCACGGCAUCAACAAUCUUACGCUACCUUUCAUCUCAGCGGAGCUGGAACGGAGAAAAGACAAGCUCAAGUCAAAGCUGGUGUGGAUGGGGGCCAGCAGGAGGAACGGCAUCAGUCCAGGCAAGCGCGGGUGGUUCUGGGUGAACGGAGACCCAGUUCGAGAUUUUCUAUGGGCUGAUGAUCAACCGAACAACUACAACGGUCAGCAGAACUGUGUCGUCAUCGACGGUGGCCGGAAGUGGCGCUGGAAUGACGUCACUUGCGACCUCGACUACCUCCCAUGGAUAUGCCAAUAUAGCCCUUCAAACUGCGGAAGCCCGGACAGGAAAGUGAACUCAACCGUCACGGGAACCGACUUCAGGGUGGGCCAAGAAGUGGCGUAUGAGUGUCCCACGGGUAAUCUUCUGAUCGGCCCACGCACCCGCAGGUGCGCAAACAGUGGAUUCUGGACGGACACUGCGCCUGCCUGCAAAUAUGUUGAUUGUGGGCCACUGCCAGACAUCGAUAACGGUCACGUGGUGCUGAGGGAUUCCCGAACAACGUACAACGCUGUGUCCCUUUACAUCUGCGAUGCAAACUACACCCUUUUGGGGGAUGAUACGAGGACGUGCGAAAAGGAUCGUCGCUGGAGCGGUGCUGAACCUAAAUGCUUGUUGAACUCGUGCACGGACUUAUCCUCACCGGACAGCGUCGUGCUCGACGUGAAGGGCCUACGAACCGGCGACGAGGCACGCUACACCUGCAAACAAGGUCACAAGCUCAUCGGCAACACGACCAGAGUUUGUCAGCUGGGAGGAUCGUGGAGCGGAGAGGAGCCCUUAUGCAAAUUUAUCGACUGCGGACCGCCGAGGGUUCCUGACUACGCGUCCGUUGACCUCGUCAACCGCACAACGACCUACCUGAGUGUCGUCCGCUACACCUGUCAGGACAACUUCACUCUUGUUGGGAAUGACAGCAGAACCUGCGACGACACCGGACAUUGGACCAAUCAGGAACCGUCAUGUGAAAUGAUAUCCUGUGGAGAACCAGACGUCCCGCCGGGAGCAUACACGGACGGCGACGAUUACAUGGUCCACGCCGUCGUCAAGUACGGAUGCCUUCCGGGCCACAUCAUGGCUGGAAAUGUGGAAAGGACGUGUCGGAAAGACGGCUCCUGGUCCGGAAAGCCUCCCACUUGUGUCUUUGUGGACUGUGGUCGUGUACCGCCCAUUCUGAAAGGCGAAGUAAGCUACCAAAAUGGAAGCACUUAUCUCGGAAGUCGCAUAUCUUACACCUGUAGAGAAGGGUAUCACCUCAACGGGAUGCAAGCAAGGACGUGCGGAGAAGAUGGCCGAUGGAGUGGUACCCCUCCUAAGUGCGAAGAAAUUCGAUGCUCACCGCCAGAAGUCCCGCGAAAUUCCACCGUGGUUUACGGAGGUAACGACAGAUCUUCAGCAGAGUCGUUCAAGAUCGGUUCAACGGUUCAAUACCGUUGCGUGUCUGGCUACAUUGUGGAAGGGGAAUCCCUCCGCACGUGCGACUCGUCAGGAGCCUGGACGGGAACGCCGCCUUCAUGUAUCUAUGUCGAGUGUGGAUUUCCUCUGCCUAUCAGCAACGGACAUUGGCUCCUAUCAACGAAUUCUACUCACUAUGGCAGCACGGUUGAAUACGAAUGUGACGUCAACUAUCAGCUGGAUGGAGCUCCGCGCAGACUUUGCCUCGAGAACGGAACAUGGAGCGGACCGGAACCACUGUGUCUCGAGGUUCGUUGCGCAAAGCCACAACCGAAAGACGGUUGGACGCUAAUCAAAUUCACCAACGACGCCGUGGGAGCGUCGGUCGAGUACUCCUGCUCCCCUGGUUAUGAACUUGAAGGGCUGGGAACGAGGGUAUGCCAGUCAAACGGGCUAUGGAGCGGCGACAGCCCGUUGUGCCAGCUUGUGGACUGCGGCAGGCCAUCAGUGAUCAGCAAUGGGCGUGGAUUACUGGCGAACCACACAACGACCUUCGGCAGCAUUGUUGAAUACGAAUGCCUGCACGAUUUCACGCUCAUAGGAGAACCCAUUAGAAAGUGCAUGGAAGAUGGUAUGUGGAGCGGGCAGGAACCACGAUGCUCAGAUAUUCCGCAGGUUGACCUGAAUGAAGUUGAAGCUUCUGAUAGUAAUUUAUUCAACGCGAAGACUGGCGCGAAUGCUGGGAGCUCGAAGACCGUUGGUAUUUCGGUUGCCAUCGGUACCUGCGCCCUGCUUGUUAUAGCAAUCGUCAUCGCCAUUGUGUGGAUGAGGACCAGAAAGGCCCAAAGGGUGAAGAACACUGAAAACGUCGAAGUGAACCGAAACAUCGAGAAGGACACGGCAACUGUCAUGUCGUUCUCGCGCCUAGCACUUGAGGCUGCUGAAGCCAACAGCAAUACCUACAGCAACGGGCCAGGCGUGAGGCACAACCCCAACGGACUGGUGACCUUCGCAGCCAAUCCGCAACCCAUUUACGCCAACGUCACCGUCAACGGGCAGAGCCUGUCACCUUCGAACGGCACCGCCAGAAACGGUGCCCGCAGCAACGGAGCACCGCCGCCGCCGAACGCGCCACCGCGGCAACACAGGAACGGACAUAUCUCUUCAUCAAUGCAAAGUCACGACGUGUGAAGUGCCGGUAUUACUGCGACCAGUUUUAAAGGAGGAAUAACGUCGAACUGUGACGCAGUCGACGUAUACGUGAACACUGUAUUAUGACUCGCGAGUGCGUGUAUGUGUGUAACAGAGACUGGUGGUUUGUUGGCUCUGCGAAGCACAGCGAAGACGGCCAUAUUAUUGAGAAUGAGGAGUGUUGGGACUGAUAGGUUUGUAUACUGUGCCACGUGAUGUGUAUGUACAUCUACCCGUAUUUAUGGUUGCGUAUGGCGUUGAGUUCGGACGUUGAGAGAGGCGAUUUUCUGUAAGCGAAAAACUGCUGGGGUACGUGGAGUAUUUUAGUUUGAUCGAUUCAGGAUGCACAAGAAGCUGCUUGAAUCACAUUAUAAAGAGAAGAAGAGAAAUAUUUUAGUCAUAUUCGGGGGACUAGGUGCAUUGUCAGUAGCCACCACCAUUAGUUCCCUUCAGGACUAGGUGCACGGAAGUUUAUGCAGGGAUUACGGACUAUUUUCAGCGGUGGGGUGUACACUUCAGGGUCAUGUGGUUAAAAUGGGGAGCAAUUGCAAUCUAAGGGACGAAAAGUUGUAAUUGCUCCCCAGUUUAUUACUUUUUCCCUUCAUGUGUAGACCUGACGAGCGUAAAAGCUAUAGACUACAAGGGCGGUCGUGACCCAGCAAUUUUAAAUAUAUUUUUCCCCUUCUAUCAUCCACCAUCAAGAGUAACUCGACGAAGGUUGUUUUUGAUGUGACACUCUGUGAAGGUCAACCAAAGAAGUUGAUAGCCUACUAUAAGGAAACGAGGUAUAACGCCUGACCGCGCGUAUACUUGUACAUUUCGUGCAACUGAGACCAUUCGUUUUCUCGAGCACAUUUUGCACGUUGCGUGCAACUUUAUAUACACGGUGGUUCAGACCACAUCUGUCGAAUAUGCCCUACCUCCGGUCUUAGAGAACAGUACUUUUUCACAUUUAUCUCGUCACAUUGCGGAAAAUCGUUGUCAAGGGACAGCGUAAACAGUGGUACAGUACGUGAGCUAAAAGCGAGUUUUAGUAGAUGGGAAGGUACUCACGGUAACCAUUCUCAAAACGCAGUAAUUCAAUCGCCUUCGAAUCGGCUGACAUCACUUGGCUAAUGCGACAAGUUCCGUUAUCGUAUCCGUUUCGUAGAGCGCUCCCGACCUACUUAAACUCCCUGAUACUUUGACGCGUUCACUAUCACUGUACGCGAUCGACACAGCAGGUGCUAAGCCGUGCACGUGUGUCUACGAACGGUUACAUAGAGGUAGCGUUUGAACGAUCGCACAGACUUCAACACGUGUAGAUUUUGACGAUGUUCAAAAUAGUCCUUCCACGGGUUCCUGAAGUACGGGCCAUUUUAUGGGGGUUACUAAGCAGAGAAGUAAGAAGAACAAUUGCACUUUUGAUUCCAACGAAUGCACAGCAAUUUCGCGAAAAUAAAGACUCGUUUUGCAUUCUG